AUGAGUAAACGACGUCUCUCCUCGUCGUCCGCGACCACUCCCCCACCAUCAAAGAGCCCGCCCAAAGCCACUUCGCUCCCGUAUCCGUCGACUGCCCUUCCCCACACCGCACGCCCAGUACCUUUCCAGCAGCCCACCGGGCUCCUAACCUUCUCCUACAACCCUCAGCGGGCACUCGAGCUCACCGACUCCGCCCUCCGCUACUACAUCGAUCCCCCGCCAAAUGCAGACCUCAAGUACGGCUACGACCGAUGGAUCAAGCGGCCCGAGGAAAAGACACGGCUGGACGGACUCUUACGCGCGAUUGACUGCGUCAUGCAGAAGACGGACACGAACAUGGGUGCGGGCUGCGGUAGACAGUGGCUUCACGACAUCGCUGUCGUUACCUGGCGAGGGGUCAUGACCAAAAUCUUGACAGCGCCUUACGAAGAGCGCGACAAAUGCGAGCUGAACGCUAUGCUAGUGAACGGGACGCUAUACCUUGAGGAGCAUACAACGGAUGCGAAGUUGAUCGACAAGGAAAAUCUCGCGCCGCGCCAACGGCAGCAAACAUACUACGGCUACUCUUUUGAGUCUUGGUGCACAUCGUCGAGCCCAGGCGUACCAGAGCGAAUACAGGGUCAGCCCGUCGGAUGGGGAGGCGACGUCGACACCAACGUGCAAUGGUGCAGUGUGGUCAAAACAAAGCUCGGGGACAACCGCCUUGUUAUUGGCGGCGAAGUAGAUUGCGUCCGGGAUCGAUUUAAAGGACAAACAGAUACAUUCGUCGAGUUGAAGACGUCGAUGUCGAUUCGUGGGCCGGAAGAUGAGGCGCGGUUUGAGAAGAAAAUGCUCCGGUUCUAUAUGCAGUCAUUUUUGCUCGGCGUUCCUGAAGUCGUCGUAGGCUUUCGGACACCUGCUGGUCGACUCACGACUACCCAGUCCUUCAAGACCGUCCAGCUACCGCGCCUAGUUCGUGGCAAGCCUCAUGGCUGGGAUCCUCAAAUAUGCCUUUACUGGGGCCAGCAGUUUAUCUCGAGUCUGCGUUCGCAGAUCGCAGCGACCUUACAGGUUGAAAACCAGGCCGACGGGGGCGGCAUGCGACGGGUGUGGCGAGUGACCCUUUCACCCAGAGAGGGCGCUACCGUUCGCCUCUUGGAUGAUGUAGGUGUCCAAGAGGUGGUAUCCGGUGACGAUCGUGUCGGAUUUAUGCCCGCCUGGUUCUUCGACAAGGUCAACACGCCAGUAUAA